AUGGUCUUCGCACGUGGCGAUGUCUCCGGCCACGAUGAUCAAGCCAUAGACCACAAUGAUCCGGGCAGUAACAUAGAGAUCGUGUCCUGGAACGGACUAAACGAUCCAGAUAACCCAUACAACUGGCCGCUCCGCCAAAAAUGGACAUUGACGCUGCUAGCGGCAUUUGCCACGUUCAUUACCAUGAUGAACGGCACUAUUAUCACAGUGGCACAUGCCACAAUCAAUGAGGAGUUUGGCAUCUCCGACGCCAACUUCCCUCACUCGUACUGGCCAGUAACAUCCUGGGCCGUGGGCGGCGGCUGCUUCUCCCUCCUCAUUUUGCCUCUCAUGGAGGAGUUUGGUGUGAGAUGGGUGUUCUUGUUGGCUUAUGUAGCCUUCUUCUGCUUUGUGAUUCCGCAAGGACUGGCACAGAAUUUUGCCACAUUGAUCGUGACUCGAUUUUUCGCUGGCGGGUGUGUCUCUAUCCUGGCGAAUACCUCUGCCACGGUCAUUGGAAACGUCUGGGACACUGAGAAGGCACGCAAUAUCCCCGUCAGUCUCUAUAUCGUGACAUACCUGGUCGGAGCUAGCAUUGGACCCGUCAUCGGUGCACCAAUCUAUGAGUUCCUCUCGUGGAGGUGGAUCAGCUAUCUCCAGCUGAUCUGGCUCGGUGCCUUCUUCCCGUUAUAUUUCUUCCUCUUCAAAGAGUGUCGUGGUAUUGCCAUUCUGGGACAACGAGCGAAGGUAUUGCGGAAGGAAGGCAAGCUGGCAUAUACGCAGCAUGAAAUCGACAGCGAGGGGACAUCGAUGAUGAGGAUCGUGGCUCGCAGCGCAACACGACCUCUCCUCCUGUUCUUCACCGAGUCAGUCGUCUUUGUCUCAUUCAUGUGGUCUGCCUUCACGGUAGGAACCUUGUAUCUUUUCACACAGUCCGUCGAGCAGGUCUUCGUCGGCCUGUAUGACUGGACCCCCUCCCAGGCUGGCUAUAUUCAAGCCGCCAUCGUCGUCGGCGAAAUCCUAGGCUGGGUAGGGACCUUGUUCUCCGGUAAGAUCUACUUCGACUCUGCUGCGCGGAACACGGAGGUCCCUGGCACUCCUAUCCCUGAGGCACGACUCUACCUGGCUAUCGUGGGUGGCGUGCUCGGAAUAUCUGGAGGCAUGUUCACCUAUGCGUGGACCUCGUAUCCCAACUUCCCAUGGAUCGCACCGGCAGUCGGUCUCGCCAUGGUGGGAGCAGGUAGUGUGAUCGUUGUGACUGGGAUCUCCGACUACGUCGUGGAUGCCUAUGCCAAGUAUGCCGCGAGCGCCGUCGGGAUCAUCGUCACGGGCGAGAACACCUUCUCAGCGUUUUUGCCCCUGGCCGCGAUGAGCAUGUACAACACACUCGGGUUUCAGUGGGCGAGUACAGUACUUGCGUUUAUCUCUCUAGCGCUAUCAUUCGCGCCCAUCCUGUUUGUCGUUUAUGGAAAGCAGAUCCGAGAACGGAGUCCCUUCAUGAAAGAAGCCAUGCUUGAGAAGAGGAGGAAAAGCUUUGACUCCUCGGUUUAG